CAUUCAUUCAUUCAUUCAUUCACAACUGCUGUUACAUUCAUGUUCUGAAGUCUUAUUCAGUAAUCCUCGCCUGGACGAUUUCUUAACCGACUACGAAAACUCUUACUCUUAUUAUACAGCACCAUAACACGAGCGAGGAACUACUCAAAUAAACGGCCUAGCCGCGUCGAGUUCAGCUAAGAUGGCGUCAGGCGAGAUGCCCGAGGAAUACUACACAUUGGACGGCCGACUUGCUUCGUUUCAGACCACGCAGCCCGUCUCGCGACGCGCCUCAACCGCGAAGAGCAAGGUGCCUAAAGGACUGGCCUGGCCACACAGAAACUUAGACCCCGAGACUUUUGCACGCGCCGGUUUUUACUUCGCACCGACCCCUCACUUUCCCGACAACACGGUAUGCUUCCUGUGCUGCAAGAACGUGGACGGCUGGGAAGAGGAUGACAACCCUUUCGAAGAGCACUUGCGAUUGUCACCGCACUGCGGCUGGGCAAUCGUUGCAGGCAUUGAGACGAGUUUGGGUGAUUACGCAUUGGAUGAUCCUACGGGCUCCGAAAUGAUAGAGGCGCGGAAAGCAACAUUCGGGGAUAGGUGGCCACACGAUGGAAAGAGAGGGUGGAAGUGUAAGACGAAGCAGCUUGUCGAUGCGGGCUGGAAGUAUACGCCUACCAUGGACUCGGAUGAUAUGGCAACCUGCGCUUACUGUCAAUUGGCACUCGAUGGGUGGGAGCCCAAAGAUAAUCCUAUGGAUGAGCAUUACAAGCGAUCUCCUGAAUGCCCCUUUUUCGUCUUAAUCAACCAGUAUAAAUCUGCAGCACCUGCCAAAAAGAAGGGACGAGGCAAAACAGCUAGAUCCUCUAAAGCAUCGCGUCUUUCUACUCAGUCUGUUGUUACCGCAACUUCGGAAACUACUUCUAUGCUUGAACACCCCGCCGAUCACGAUGAUAGUGUUCUGACCACAACAUCCAUCAUGACACAGGGUGGCACUAAACGUCCAAGGGCUAAGAAGGCCGCUGCUUCAAAGUCAAAGAAAUCUAAAGCUAAGAAAGAGGAAGUUGUUGAAGUACUCGAAGAUCCUCCUGAGGAUCAACAACCAGAGAAUGAGGAUAUCUUACCUCAGGAAGCGGAACUCAUACAAAUGGAGACGGAAAAGGCUCCCCAAAAACCGGCACGAGGCCGCAAGCGUACGAGCGCUGCUAUAGAAGACUCUGAAAUCAUUGAAGCGGAAGCUCCAGCCCCGAAGAAGAAAGCGACACGUGGAAGAGUUGCUUCCGCCAAGGCAGAACAACCGGAAACCGAUCAUGCGAUGUUUGACCCUGAACCGCCCGGAAUAGAUGAUGCCGCAGUAGAUGCUGAGCUAAAGGCAUUGGAAGCUGAAAUGGCUGAAGCGGUAGUCGAACCAGCACAGACACUCCAAGUCCCUAAGAAGGGACGUCAGGCUGGGAUCCGCAAGGCCUCCAAACAGACCACCAAGAAGACUAAAACGAAAGCCCCUAAAGAACCCACUCCAGAACCCGAGCCUGCGGCAGAACAGUCUAUGGAUGAGCUAGCUGAAGGUCAAGAUAUGAGCCUCAUGAGCAACGCCACAAUUGUUCGAAACAACCGAGCUAGCGUAUCAUCAACCACAGCACCUAAGAAGCGUGGUCGACCGAGUAAGAAACUAACGGCGGUUCCGGUAGAGCCUCAAUCCGACCCUAUUGCUCGGUCGAGCCCGGAACCGGAACCUACGGUUGAGCAUGUGAACGAGGUUGAGGUUGAGGUCGACGCCGCACCUACUGUCACACAGAAGGCUACCAAGAAAUCGGCCCCUUCGCGGGAUAAGUCUUUACCGCCACCGCCUCCUCCUUCUGAACCAGAGGAGGUACAACGACCAGUGACGCCAGAACCAAUUAUUUCGCCUCCUCCUGCAGCCAAACAGGCCACUGUGUCGCCACCCCAAUCACCUCAAUCCUCCGACGCAGAGAACCAGCCUCCAUCCUCCAAGCCCUCUAAUACAGCUAAGAGCACGCGAGUCGCCCUAGCGCCCGUUGCUACAACCCCAGUCAGAUCAUCACCUUCUAAGCGCAACAUCAUCUCCGGGCUCCAAAGCACCAAUGCCUGGACCGCUGUGGACAUUGACGAGAUCUUCGAUGACUUGGACAAAGAAAACGCGCUGUCUAUUGGCCGUUUCCUGAACAGCGGCAUCGAACUGACAACACCCGAAAAGCAGAUGACGGUCGAAGAGUGGAUUUAUUAUAAUGCUGAGCAAGCGGAGAAGCAGCUGAAGCACGAGUGCGAGACUAUUGUUAUGGCCUUUGAGAAAGAAGGUACGAGGGCUAUGCAGGCGCUUGAGGGGAUUGUUGUAGAUUAGAGGUAUGGGAUUGGAGUGAAGAUGUCUGAUGUUGAAUACCACCUAACUUGAAGGAGAUACGGAUUGAGGUUCGUUUAUGUGCUAUGAGAUGGCGCCAUGGCUUAGAUUUGGUAUAUUUUAUGGGUUUCCUGGGCGAAAUGGUGGGCUUAUGAAGCGUGAUGAUUAUCGGGUAUGGGAAGGGAAGGGAUAAGAAUAAGGAAGGCACUGUAGUAUACUUGCUUGUUGCUGGUGUGUUCGGUGGUGAAUGUGAAUGUGAGUUAUGGGUGAAAUAUGAUUAUCAAUUUAACGCAGGGUUGUGUCUAGGUUUGGUUUAAGUGGUUGUGUGUGUGUGAACAUGCUGAAACUGAGUUUGAGGUACGCUGUUGGCUCUAUCUGUUACGGGAAUCGAUGGCUUUGGUUUCGAAAGUUGUGAUGAAAUGUUAUUAGGUUUCUUGUUCGUAGAGUUAGUUGUAUAAAGGGAUAGGUUUCGUUGUGUUGGCGGACUUUAGCUUGAAGAUUGAGUCUAUAUGUCGAGG